UUCAUAGUCAGAAGACGUUUCCUACUACACGUACCGCCGGUACCGGUGGCACAUUGUCUUCUAGACCAAAUACACAGGUUAUAUACGCAGGAUAUCUUACAAUAUUGAAUAUAAAAAACUGCCGUAUAAGAGGAAAUAUUAACUUAUUCGGACUUCUGUCGUUUCUAUCGAAUGAACUCCUCUCUGGCUUUUCAUGUUUCAUCUAAGGCUAGGCGAAAAGCAUGAACGAUGACGGUGAGGUGUUGCUUCGUUUCGACACUAUUCGUUCUGAUCUUUCUCACGAGUGCCCUGGCAAGCAAAACCAAAGGUCGACUGAGAUUUGUAGUUUUCGGUGAUUUCGGAGGUAUUCCUAUGAGACCGUAUUAUACGUGGAACCAGUGGCGUAUAGCGAAGCAAGUUGCCAAGAUUCCAAACGUGGACUUCUUCGUCAGUGUUGGAGACAACUUCUACUACAACGGGGUGAAAGAUGUGAACGAUUUUAGAUUUUAUGCGACCUACGAGCGAGUCUACAACGAACCAUCGUUUCAGAAGAAUUGGUACGUGAUUGCGGGCAACCACGACUACGAUGGCAACGUCUCUGCGCAAAUAUUGUACACGCAGAAGUCGAAACGGUGGAUGUUUCCACAUUUUUAUCACACUAAAAAGUUUUUUAUACCCGAAACGAAUAAAAGUUUACAGAUAGUUAUGAUCGACACAACGAUAUUAUGUUUCAGAAGUGGAAAAAAGAAGUUCAAAAAUACACCUUCUGUCGAAGAGCAAAUGACAUGGAUCAGAAAUACUCUAAAUGAGUCGAAAGCCCAUUUCUUAAUUGUUGUUGGACAUCAUCCUAUGUAUUCAUCUGGAUGGCAUGGCAGUAGCAAGUGCCUUCAGGAUAAGCUGCUAAAAGUUUGUUCAAACAACACAAAGUUAACGCUUAUAUCAGCGGUCAUGAUCACAAUCUACAGCAUAUUGUUCCAAGUAACUCGUCGCUGGAGUACUUUGUAUGUGGCGCUUCCAAUUUUUACUUCAAUUGGUACUCAAAUCGUAGCCUAGAACCUUUUAGUUUAAGAUAUUUUAUGGGCAAUCUUCCUGGUUUCCUCCUAGUAACUGCAAAAGAAGACAGGCUGAAGCUCGAACUUCGAACAGCUACACCGAGGCAAAAGUACAAAAGAUUUCUCCCGCCUAGAAACAAACUUCCUGACUUUAGUGAACAACCACAAAAAUAUCCAAAACUUUUAGAAGAGUUUUUUGCGUCAUUGCCAAACGGUUAAACUAAAAGUGUAAUAGGCAAUUUUUAUACGUAAUUUAGAAUAGAUUUUUUUAAAUGUUUUGUAAAUGUAGAAAAAUUUUGUAAUAC